CACUCCCAUAUACUAAAAUCGCACUCGCCCUUUUGUUUCUUAUAACCCACGUUAUUUGGAUUGGAUAUCCAUUUUCCGGGCCUCGAAAAGGCUGCCAGAGUGGGCAGUUCACCCUAUAUAAACCCCUCUUCUUCUCUGCUCUGUUUCGUCUUCAAAUUCACAUCUGCAUGUGUUUUCCUUUUCUCUUUUGAUUUGGGAAAAGAAAAAUGUUAAGAAAGAGAGAUUCGAUAGUGAUUAGAGAGUUCGAUGCUAGUGAAGAUUGUAUAGCAGUGGAAGAUGUUGAACGAAGAUGUGAAGUCGGACCAAGCGGCAAACUCUGUCUUUUCACCGACCUCUUAGGUGACCCAAUUUGCAGGGUCCGCAACUCCCCUGCUUUCCUUAUGCUGGUGGCGGCGAUGGGCGAUCAGAACGAGAUAGUGGGGAUGAUUAGGGGCUGUAUUAAAACCGUUACAUGCGGUCAAAAACUCUCCCGCUCUGCCAUCCCUAACUCCGAUCAUCACCCCCAAAAACACCUCCCUGUUUAUACUAAACUCGCUUACAUCUUAGGCCUCCGUGUUUCUCCUGCUCAUCGGAGGAUGGGAAUUGGGAUUAAGUUAGUGAAGAAAAUGGAGGAGUGGUUCAGAGAUAAUGGUGCAGAGUAUUCGUACAUAGCAACGGAAAAAGACAACGUAGCGUCGGUUAAUUUGUUCACUGAAAAAUGCGAAUACUCCAAGUUCCGUACACCGGCCAUCCUUGUCAACCCUGUUUUUGCUCAUCCACUCCCUUUGUCCAAACGCGUCACUAUCCUCCCACUCUCACGCUCCGACGCUGAGAUUCUCUAUCGCCGCCGUUUCUCCACCACUGAGUUUUUCCCUCGCGAUAUUGACGCCAUCCUUAACAACCCCCUCACUCUCGGCACUUUCCUCGCUAUCCCACGUGGCACUUACACGCCACACACCUGGCCCGGUUCAGACCGUUUCUUACUCGAACCGCCCCAAUCUUGGGCGGUUCUUAGUGUUUGGAAUUGCAAUGACGUGUUCAGGCUUCAAGUACGUGGAGUUUCACGCCUUAAGCGGAGUUUCGCUAGAACGACACGCGUUUUGGACAAGGCGUUUCCCUGGCUCAGGCUCCCGUCGGUUCCGGAGCUCUUCACGCCGUUUGGGUUGCAUUUUAUGUAUGGGCUGGGCGGAGAGGGACCCGAAGCUGGGAGAAUGGUGAAGGCGCUGUGUGGGUAUGCACAUAAUCUGGCUAAAGAGAAAGGAUGUGGCGUGGUGGCGACGGAGGUUUCCGCCAGAGAGCGACUCAGAGCCGCCAUUCCUCACUGGAAAAUGCUGUCAUGUGAGGAAGCUUGGUGUAUGAAGCGGUUGGGUGAAGAUUUCAGCGAUGGCUCCGUCGGUGACUGGACUAAAUCGCCACCUGGCAUGUCCAUUUUCGUCGACCCUAGAGAAUUCUAAGAUUCUAAUUCUCUAAUCUCCAUUUACAUCUAUCUCCACCAUUACAGUUACUUUUUUUUUUUUUUUUUUUUUUAUAAUCCUAAAAGAAAAAUUGUACUUCGUUUUUUUUCCUUUUUUUUUUUUUUCUGUUUUUAGGAUUAGAAGGGGGAGAUUGUGUGAAAAAGCAAAAAAUGGGGAAAGGGAAAGGUAAAGAAAAAAGAUCAUAGAUAUGGCUUUUUAUUGUAAAAGAGAAUAUCCCUAACCUUUUUAAUUUUUUUUUGUUUGACUUUUUUUUUUCCUCUCUCUCUGUGUCGU